GGGGUAUUCUCCUUGAGAAGUGAUAACUCCCUUGUUAUCCAGUAUAGUUCCAGUUAUAUUUCAAAUUAACAACAAUUCCCGAUAUCCGUCGAAACAUAUAUAAACACUAUAUUAUUGUCCUGAGAGCAAACGUCACGUGAAUCUAUAUUGAGUGUUUAUAUAAAGAUAUUAUAUUAUUUUUGUGCACACACAACGCGUUUAGGACGCAUUAUAUCUUUAAUAAUAUUACAGAAAUAACAUACCAACAAUUUCGUUAAAUUAAUAUAUGGAAAUGAGCAACCCAAAUACACAAGUGUUCGCAUAUCAUGGACCGCGCAAACCUGAAUAUUACAAUCAGUUUUUCAAUCCGAACCUUUGUCACGUUUGCAAGUCGGUAGAUAAAGGCAAUUUGAUAUUAUGUGACCAGUGUUGCUUGAUUUCUUACUGUAAUGAGGAACACAAAAUAAUGCAUUAUCCGAACCAUGAAAAAAUCUGCGCAAGUAUUACACAAGUUUUACAAGUGAGACCGCAAACAGACACGUCCAGAUACAACAACUGGCAACAAUGGAUUCAAUCAAGGAAAGAAUUGUUAGAAUUAAUUCAACAGAGAUUUGGUCGUCCAAUGAAGCCGUACAUGCAGCAGAUGAUCUUGUGGUCAAAAUCAUGUGCUGUUUGUCAUAGACAAGCUGAACUGAAUGUUUGUGGAAGAUGUUUCUCCGCUAACUAUUGCAAUGAGCAUGUAAUAGAUUUUAGGAAGAAACAUGAUGAAGUAAAAUGCGACCAACUGAAGCUAUUGCUCAAUAUAGAUAUCGAAACAAUUUCUGGUAAUACAAUUGACAUGUGUUAUGAUUUCCUUCUAUCUAUCAAUGAGAAGGCAGAUUUUGAAGAAAUGCUCGAAUUUUGUAUAGAAUAUUUAUUAACGCCAAGAGAAAAUAUAAAUUGGUUGGCUAAGGACUAUGUCCAGUCUGAUUAUCUAUCAGAACCACUAACAGUUUAUUCUGGAUGCCAAAGAACUGAAACAUUAUAUAUUCUAAGGGGUGAUAGUAUUAUUAUUCAUAUUAUAGUCGCAAACUCUAUGGAUAUGAAUAGUCUACCAGCUUGGGAAAUUUUGUUACAUCUUAUACCUGAUAUACAAAAUCUAUCAAUUAUUUUGAUAGGGCCAGAAUUACAAAACAGUAAUAAGGAACAUAUACUUUGUGAUCUUUGCAUAAAUAAAAACAAAGAGCUUUACUUUUUAUCAUUUUCCAUGUUAUAUCAUGAUUUUGUGGCAUCUGAUUUACACAUGUCGCCAAAUAUAGUUGUAGGAUUUCAAGUCGAUUUUAGUGAGAGACACACAUACUCGAAAAUCAUAAAAGCAAUAAAAGAUCAAUGCGUUUUGUUAAUUUUAAGCUUUUCACACAAACAAAAAGCAUGGGAUAACAUAAAUAAGAUAAGGGACAUCGUUGACUUUAAAUUAGAACUUGAUAUUAAUCGAAGGAAUUUUUUUGGAGGUCUUGCACCACACAGAGAUUUGGAGACAGCGAGAAAUAUAAAACGGCACACUAUCCACAUCAUGAAAAAAUCUGUACAAUUAUAGCAGAAGUUGUACAAAUAGGACCGUAAAUAGACACAUGCAGAUACAACAAUUGGCAGCAAUGAAUCCAAUCAAGGAAAGAAUUGUUGGAAUUAAUUCAACAGAGAUUUGAUCGUCUAAUGGAGCCAUAUAUGCAGCAGAUGAUCUUGUGGUCAAAAUCGUUGUUUGUCACCAACAAGUUGAAUUACAUGCUUGCAGAAGAUGCUUUUCCGUUAACUAUUGCAAUGAGCAUGUGGAAGAUUUUAGGAAGAAACAUGAUGGGGUCAAAUGUGACUAACUGAAUCUAUUGCUCAAUAUAGAUAUCGAAACAAUUUCUGGUAAUACAACUGACAUGUGUUAUGAUUUCCUUCCAUCUAUCAAUGAGAAGGCAAAUUUUGAAGAAAUGCUCGAAUUUUGUAUAGAAUAUUUAUUAACGCCAAGAGAGGACAUAAAUUAGUUGGCUAAAAACUAUGUCCAGUCUAAUUACCUUUCAGGACCACUGACAGUCUAUUAUACGUUGAAAAAAAAUACGUUUAUUAAGUAUUCUACAAACUGAUGAUGUAGUUAUUCAAAUUGUAGCCGCAAAUUUUAUGGAUGUGAGUGGUUUAGCAGCUUGGGAAGUUUUGUUACACCUUAUACCUGAAAUACAAAGUUUAUCAAUCAUUCUGAUAGGACCAGAAUUAAAAAACGGUUUUAGAAGACGGAUACUUUGUGAAUUUUGCACAAAUAAGAAAAAUGAAUUGUUCUUCUUUUAAUUUCCUAUGUUGUACUAUGAUUUUAUACUAGCUAUAAAGCCUACGAUACCAAGAAUAAUUGUAGGAUUUCAUGCUGAACUUAGUGAGGGAAGCACAUGGUCAAAAUCCAUAAAAGCAAUGCAGGCCCAAAAUUGUUCACUACUUUUAAGUUCUUCGUGUGAACAAAAGACGCAAAAUGACAUAAUAAGAUAUAAAAAACUCUAAGUUUUAUAAAAGAACCUUUUUUUAUUAGUAGAAAUUAUUUCAGUGGACUUGCACCGCACAUAGAUAUAGAGACUGGUAAUGUGUAUUUUCGUAAUGAAUAUAUAAUUUUUACGACGAUUUGAAUUAUGGUUUUAAACAGUUCCAGUAGCAGGUCAUCUGAAUAAUUGUUUGUUCACUUUAGCAGCAGUGCCGAAAUUGGGAGAAGGGUGAAAGGUACAUAUUGAAUUGUUAUUAUAGAUUAUAAAAUUUUUUAAUAAAUAUCACUUCUUUUUAUUGGCAGUUUUUGGCAGUACAUUGUUUUUCAUUAAUAAAUUAUUACCCUAGUCGUAAAUAUAACGGUUAUAAUGUAUUUUAAAUAAGGUAUCUUUUUUUUUAUGACUACAUACCUAUAUAGCACAAAAUCUCCUGGGAACGACCUACAAAUGUCCUUAUAUACCGCUCCACAGAAACGUCCCCAGGACGUUUUUAGAACGUUUUCUGGAUAUUUGUGCUGUUAGGAUAUUAGCGUGGGAACAGAAACAUUAUUUUAAAUAUUAUUAAGAUAUGUGGUGUUUUUAUGAAAU